AAACAGUCUAGAAAAAAAAAGUAAUAUGAUUACUAGAAAUUACUGAUAGUAACAAAAUAAUAGAUAGUAACAGAACAGUAACUACAACAAAAUAAAUAAAAAUAAUGCAAAAAUGAACAAAUAAUAAUAAAAAUCUACAUACUAACAACUACAUGAGCAAUACUAUAACUACUUCUACGAACGAAUAACAAGACAAAACACAAUUACAUACUACCUCUCUAUGCUAAACUCAUAACCUUCAUAAUCUCCGAUCUAAAGUUAUAUCACAUGUGCCACAUCCAAGGCCUAAAAAUCAGUAGUUCACCUUGUUGUUAUACAGUAUAUAUAUACGAUACCACAAGAACAGUGAGGAAAUUUCCUCUUUUAUGUUUUCUAGCAAAACCCUGUACACUGCAACAGCUCCUUCUCCUCCUCCUCCUCCUCCUUCUGCUUUUUCAUGGACGACGACGAAUACUCAUCAUCAUCAACAGCUUCACUACCAUCAUGUUGCAAAGAUCCAACUCAGUACGCUUUCAGCGGUAAACUCAUGCUCAUCUCCGUCCUCGUCUUCUUCUUCGUUUGCCUUCUUAUUGCCUACUUCCACCUUUACGCUAACCGAUUCCUCCUCCGCCAUGCCCGCCACCGUCGCCACCACCAUCCCGCUUCACCUAUCACGGUGGCGGUUUCUUCUCAAGGGCUCGAUCCUUUACUGCUCAAAUCACUCCCCGUUUUCGUUUACGAGGCGGAAUUUUGCAAAACUGUAAUCGAAUGUCCCGUGUGCUUGACUGAAUUUGAAAAUGGAGAAACGGGACGUGUUUUGCCGAAAUGUAAUCAUUGUUUUCACUGUGAGUGUAUUGAUAUGUGGUUUCAGUCUCAUUCGAGCUGCCCGAUUUGUCGAGCACCGAUUAAAUCAAUAGAAGUGAAUGAGAAUACAAGUGAAGGACAAGGAGAAAGAGAAGCUGAAGUUGUAAUAGUGGUGGCUGAAUCUGUAACCGAAGAAGAAGUAGAGCAUUGUGAUUUCUCCUCUUCCGAAUCUUCACAAUCGGAUGAUGGGAAAAAAACUGAGGGGAUGAUUGUUGUUCUUGGGAGUUGAUUGCUCAUAUGAUCAAUCAAUUAAUGAAAAUUGGGCAUGAGAGUCAUUUCUUUUAACUAAAAUGUCACUCCAAUUUUCUUUUGUUGUUUUUACUGUAUUUCAAUUCUGUUGGUAAGCCAAGUGGUCAAAAAUAUCACCUGAAUUGGAAAGUGACUUUAGCGUACAA